CCCUAGCCUCAGAAGGCGCACGUGGGCACCAGCCUCCUUCUCGGGCAUCUCCCGCGGUGGGGGAGGGGAGUGGACGGCAACUGCCAACCGCCAACGGCCUGACUGGCUGACUGACUGACUGGGGUCGGGCGGCCCUGUGGGGGAUUUCUCGGAGCUCUGAAAAGAAGUCUGUCUUCAUAGCCGAGUCACUCAAGGUACCUUUACCCAGCUGGAGGUGACCCAAGAGCAGGCGAAGGAGAUGGAAGAGGUCAUGCCUAUCUCAGACGUGCAUUGCCAACGCUUCCGGCAGUUCCUCUACCGAGAGGCGGAUGGGCCCCGAGAGGUUUGCAGCCAGCUCCAUCGACUCAGCAACCGCUGGCUGAAGCCAGAGAGGCGCUCCAAAAAGGAGAUCCUGGACGUGGUGGUCCUGGAGCAGUUCCUCGCCAUCCUGCCCCUGGAAGUGCAACGCUGGGUCAGAGAAUGUGGGCCAGAGAGCAGCUGCCAGGCGGUGGCCUUGGCUGAAGGCUUCCUGCUGAGUCAGGCCGAUGAUGAGAGGCCGGCAGAGCAGGUGUGGGGACCAUCCGUGGAGAGAGACGCAGCAUUCCCCGAGGCGGAAGAAGCUUCCCUGGAGCGAGAGCAGAGGGCGCACACCAAGGAGGGUGCCCAAGAUGCCCUCUCUUGUGGUAGCCGAGAGAUGCUGUUGAAUCCUCAUGUGUUUGGGGGUGUGGAAACAGUCCAGCGUCCCUUUUCCAUUGAGGAGGUGUCUGUCCGUUUCACUCCAGCAGAACGGACCCUGCUGGAUCCGGGCCAGAGAACUCUCUACAAGGAAGUCAUGUGGGAGAACUAUUGGAGCAUCAUCUAUCUGAGUAAGGAAGAUCUUCCACGAGUGCCGAAGUUAGAACUUGAACAGCAAUAAAUCAUUUUGAGGACUUUC